ACAAGUGGAGGGGCCCAAUAUUACGGAGUAUUUAUUUACAUCAAAACCAAUAAAUUCAUAAUAUUUCCGUUCAAGUGGCUCGGACGAUAUAAAAAUUGACUUUUCCGUUGCGUCGUCAAAUUUUAAAGUUUUGCGUGAAGUGUACAUGUAACGCAAUUUUUUUUGCAAGUAUUAUUUUUUGCUGUGAUCAAAUCACGCGACGGCUUAUUAUCUAACUAGUUGUCGUAUUUGGAUGGUUGAAAAUGAUCCCCGAUAACGUAACGCUAAUUGUUAAGGCCCCAAAUCAACAAAUUGAGGACCAGAAUAUUGAGUGCCAAUCUUCGUGGACAGUGAAGCAACUGAAGGGCCACCUCUCGGAGGUCUACCCUAGCAAACCGGGUGCAGAUGAACAAAAAAUCAUAUACUCAGGCCAGUUGUUAGACGACAACACUGUGCUCAAAGAUGUCCUACGAACAUACGAAAGCCAGAUAGCACACACUAUGCACCUUGUGUGCACACCAAAAAGGAAUACAGAACCACCAGCACCUACUCCUGAUGGACUAAGACAGAGAAAUGUCGGUGAUAGAGCAGAGCCUAUCCAAGUAUCAAGGCCAGAGACAAGACAGAAUGACCAGAACCAUACAGUGGAAAUGCAGAACUAUUUAAGUUCCUUUGUCAACAAUUAUGGUCGGGUACCACCUUACCCAAACAACUUUGGUGGAAGAUUUUUGCCGGCGAAUCCUAAUGACCCCGCGUCAUACGCUAAUCAUAUGAUGAUGAUGCAGCAAGCGUACCUGCAGUAUAUGCAGCAAUAUGCCAAUAUGUGGCAAGCAACCCACAACGCGGUCCCUGCAGCCCCGCCCGUACCGGAGACGCCCGCCGCGCCCGAGCCCGCGCCCGCGCCGGAGGAUGACGAGGCGCCCCGCGACUGGCUUGACCAUCUAUAUGCGGCGUCGCGCAUCGCUAUACUGUUCUCACUGGUGUACCUGUACGGCAGCCCGGCGAGGCUGCUUCUCGUGUUGCUGUUGGCUGUGGCUGGCUACUUGCACCAAAUCGGCUUCUUCCGAGACCUCCACAUUAACCAGGCACCGAGACUGCAGCCAGUCCCGCGCCCGGCCAACGUAGACCUCGACCAAGCCCAAGCCAACCAAGCCCCCGUUGACCAAGCCCCAGUCAACCAAGCUCCAGUGAAUGAAGCAGCUGCCCCAGUUAACGCUGAAGCUGUUAACGCUGCCCCACAGGUAAACCACGCCAGUGAAACCACCCCACCAGAAGACAAUCAGCAGUCUCUCUUAGCGGUAACAUGGAUGAUUUUCACCACGUUCUUCGCUUCUUUGAUACCGGAUACCAACUAGUGUUUCGUGAAACUAGUGUGAAUUAUACUUAGAAUUGUCUGUAAUUAUGGGUUACAUGCGUUGAAAUUGUAGUUUUUCGGCUGCCCUUUUUACAUUGUGAAGGACGUAAAACAUUCGGUAGAGAAACUUGUUUAAUCUUUUCCGAAUGUAUCAUAUAGUAAAUACCUAUAUCGUAUGGGUAACAUAUUGGUUGAUGUCAGUGAUGUUAUUUUUUUUAAGUAAUUGGCUUAGAUAUCACAGAUCUACAAUGACGCUUGCAGGCCCCGUAGGUUCGUGUUCUUCUGUCACUCUCACUGGGCAAUAUACUGCAUAUAUAAUAUAUCUAUCGAUGAGUUCCCUCAAAAAUUUUAAUAUUUUUAGGUUUUGUGCACGAAUUAUUGAAAAAAUAAGUGCAUUUUGAAAAUAAAAAAAUCUGGAUUCGAAUCGAUACAGUACUUCGAAAAAUCGAUGAAGUCACUAGAGAAAAUCCUCAAGAUUGGUAAUUAAAUCCGGCUCGAAGGACCAAUGUUAGGGUCCUACUAGACGUAGAAAUCAUGACGAGGACUGUAUAAAAAUAGGCUGGUUAAUUCCGCCUUAAUUACAAAGAAUCCCGGCCAAACAAUUAUAAAAAACUAAUUCGGUGUUCGUCCGUUGCCGGUGGAGUAUGUGAUGCCGUGAUGCGUAUGACCAGUACUUAACAGCAAUCGUAUUGUGAUCUAGAAAAGCGGUACGAUUUUUCAAAAACUUCGCUUUCUGAUCCUACGGCACCUUGAUGAUAAUUGAAGUGUGCAAAAGAGAAGCAUCGCGUAUAACAUAUGUGAACAUUUCAUAAGUCCGAUAAAGGCGAACUGCGAAUGGAAAAACGUGACCACUUUUGAGUGUCAUUAGCGGCCGCUUAAAUGUACCAAAGCUGGAAAUACGAAAAGCUGUAUUUUAUGUUACAAAACUAAAUAAUUUACGCAUUCACAUAAUUAUUUCUGAAUUCAAUAAAUACUUCUAAUGACAUUUAACGCAUUCACUGCCAGGGGGCGUGGCCUAGGAACAAACUUGUAUGACGGUGAACGCAUAUAUGCGUCGGUGGCAGUGAAUGCUUUAAACGUCAAUCCGAUUUAGGUCGCACUUUUGAUUUUUGACAUGCAAUCUUGUACAUUGUAGAUCCGUGUUACAUAUGUAUUACAUGAUAAAAUGUACAUAUACAUAAUUAAAUUAUAUGUACUCGUAUACAUAUACUAAACUAAUAGAUGAGUACAACUGACUAGUGAAAUGAAGUCUUACUUUCCAAAGUUAGGUACUCCACGGUUAUAGUUGUGUUUUCACGCAAAACGAUUCUAUGAGUGUCAAUGUGUCGCAUGCUUACACUUAUUUCAAAAAGCCAACGUAAAAUGCCAUCAAGCAUUAAACCUUUUUAGUUUUAACCCUUUAACGCCACGCCUGUCGUGUGCGGCGCAUUGUUAACCUUGUCGGAAUGCACGAAAGUUUGUUAUGAGGCUGUAGCCUUGCGCGUCACUUGACAUUUUGGCGGUCAAAGGGUUAAAGGGCAUGCAUGCCAGGAAAGAGUGAUAGAUCCCAGAAGCGAUUGAACCUCGCGACUUAGUCGCAAUAAUAAAUUUCUGUAGAAAAUAAUAUAUGGGCCCUGUUUGAAUAUAUGGGCCUUGUUUGAUUACAUUUAAGGGUAAGUCCUGGUUGUUAAAAUUCCUCGUACUGAUAUAAAACCAAAUAUUAAAUGUGUAUAAUUUAUCUUUUUCUAGUAUUAGGUGGACUUGCCACUGUGGAUUUAUAAUGUUUGUUUCUAUAUUUGGCCGAUUUGAAAUUUAAAGUGAUUUUUUAAAAGAACUGUUCUAAGAUAUAGAUAAUUUCUUGCCAUAAAUAUAUUAUCCUCUUUCUGAUUGUUUGGCGGUUCAUAAAAUUUGGAGCAGUAAUUGACGAAAAGUUGUUUUUCCAACAACAUAAAAUACUUAAUGGCUUGUGUACGUCAUGUUUGUAUGAUUAAAAAUAUUUAUUAUAAUAUAAAUAAAUAUGUAUUAUAAAUCCACAGUAGGUAUUUAGUUCUACGUAGGUUAAAAAUGUAUUUAAUGUGAUGAAAAAGCAUGUAAAAUAAAUAAAUAAAGGGUUUAUAUUUAAAAAAUCUCUUAUAACGAUUUGUAUAGCAUGUUUAAGCCUAUGAUUUUCAACCAGUAGGGCUAAGAUGACUGUCACCAUGCCUGUCACGUUCUAAUAAGUAUGUAAGCGCGAAAGUGAUGGGCAUAGUGACAAACGAUAAAAAUGGAACCAUGCUGCUACUGCUGGAGCACUUUUUGUUAGGGAAAGUGGUUUUAACUACCUUUUGCACUAUUCACAUUAGUAUGUUUUUACAUUGUCGCUAUGCCAGUGAGAAAAAAACCGGUCAAGUGAGAGUUCGUUUUACUCGCGCACCGAGGGUUCUGUUCAAACUUUGAAUUAUCUCGUGUAACUAUAAAGGCGAAAGACUUGAUCAGAAGUACCUAUAACAAGUAUAAUUCGUGUACAGCGCCAUCUAUAAGCAAAUUGUCUAACUAAUUUGCACAAUGUAAUGCACCUAAGUUGGUUUUUCGAGGAUAAUUCUCUAUCAUAUGAACCGAUUUCCAAAAUUGUUAUUUUAUUUGAAAAACCUGUCUUUGAUAUAAUCUCAUAGAAAUGUUAAAUUGCAAACUGAAUUCGAAAAUGUUUUUGCCAUUUAAAGAAAAACAGGACAGAGGCCUGAUUAUAUUUUUCCUGUUAAAUUUAUAGUAAUUUUAAUAUUAUAAAAUAAAAAAACAUAAUUAUUCAGAAAUAAGAGGGGAAUGUUUUUUUUUCACAUUUUCCUUCAUAAAUAUUUUUUUUUCUCUAUGAUUAAAAAAAGAAAGAAUGUUUUGCAAUGUGAUCCACUUGACCUAGUCAUUAGACUUCCCCCUCUUCAUAUUGGGCAUUUUCCAUAGUUAAUAAAAAAAAAGAAAAAAAUACAUUCAAUGUGUCUGGGUUAGCGAUGUUCAUAUUCAUAACUAUUCCAAAUUUCAAAUCGAUAGCUUAAGUGGUUCUCAAGAUAUUUAGCGAUGUGACAGACGGACUGAUGUACGGACGGACAGUCGCACCGUAAGGAGUACUCUUUAAAUAAUUUUUGUGGGGUGGAUCCCAAUCCAUAUCCAACCCACAAAAUUUCGUCCAAAAAUUGGAACUUGUCUAAAACAAGAUAACAAAUUUAAUGAAUCUUCAAUCUUGGAAUCUUUUCGUUGACUUUUCUAAGUAUUUCCAUUGCGAUAGGGUUAAAAGUUAGCAUUAGCAAACCAGUAUGACCAAGCAACAUAUUAGGAGCAAGUGAAGAUAAUUUUGGGCACCCUUUCCCGUUAUGAUGUCUGAAGAGUGAUGACGAAACAUUUUAUUCUUCCUCGUAAUAAACAUAGGCAUAGAAACGUUCAUCUGAAUUUAGUAAUCAUUGCAUAGUUAACCUUUCUUGCUAUGCAAUUUUUCAGCGUGUAAAUAAUGAGUAGUUUUUAUAGCGGUUAACUUAAAUACCAUCCUGACAAUUGACAGUUAAACGAGAUGGCACUGUACGGCUCUGUAAACAGGAAAUACUCCGUAGGGGGCGCUACUAGCACAUAUUUUGUAUGCUUAUAAAUUACAUUACUCUAUGGUUUACGGUUUGUGCUAGUGAUGCACCCUUGCGACAGAACAUUGCAGUAAUUCUCCCUAUUAUAAGUAUAUUAUAAGGUAACGCUGACUGUCAGAAGUUGACGUUUGACAAUUCAGUAACCACAAAACAUGGCGCGGUACUCAUCAUGGCACUUUACCUUCCCAUAUCAGUCAAUAACUUUUUGCUAUUACAUUAUGAUACUGGGUGUAGCCAUAAGUUAUGUUACGAGUUACGAAGUUAAUGGUCCAUAUCCCAUUUAUGAAUUGAACGCUAUUUUAAUGAAAUGGGUGGCCAAUUAAUAUUUCAACAGAAUUCAUGUCUAGAUCAGGUUGAAAAUUGCUGAUUAUGUGCGUAGGCAGGUACAGGCAAGGGAGGGGGCUGUGGGGGGGGGGGGGGGUUUGCUCCCAGAGCUCAAAUUUUACAUUCACUAUAUGCCCCUCUGCGGCAUCUGCCCCCAAGGACCUCCGGUAAUAUCAACUUGCCCCCCCUAGAUCACUGGCUGGCUACGCCCUUGGCUGAUUAUUAGUUCUUGGCUCUGCGGUUAUGAAAUUACAAGAAUACGUAAGUUCCAACAAUUGGUGAAAACAUUCCUGAAUGAAGUAUACCAGUUACUUAUAAAGCCAGUUAUAGAAAAGGAUAAAAUCAAGAUUGUAAAAUAAAAUUGUAUAUGUAGUAUUUAAUUAAGGCUUAAGUAGUAGCAAUUUUCGGAAUGUGAAAUAAUAUGUUAGAUUUUUGGUUGCAAAAUAUGUUGGCAUAUAUAUGCACUAAAUUGUAUAGUUGUAUUAACAUGGAUACAAAGAUGAGCAUUUUGUAAUUAAGUUUUAUGGAUAUUUACUCGUAUUUGAUAUUACAGCAUGCAUAGCGGAUCGUUCGUACUGUGAUAUUCCAUGGUGUGUUUAAUUUUCAGCUAACAAUAAAUUUUUAAAACAUA